CGCCAAGAUGGCGGUGCAGGCGGCGCACCUGGAGGCCGACGCCUUCCUCGUGUGCCUCAACCACGCGCUGAGCACCGAGAAGGAGGAGGUCAUGGGGCUCUGCAUUGGCGAGGUCGAUACCAGCAGGAUCGUCCACAUCCACUCCGUGAUCAUCCUGCGCCGCUCCGAUAAGAGGAAGGACCGCGUGGAGAUCUCUCCCGAGCAGCUCUCGGCCGCUUCCACGGAAGCGGAGAGGUUGGCUGAAAUGACGGGGCGUCCCAUGCGAGUCGUGGGCUGGUAUCACUCUCAUCCCCAUAUCACGGUCUGGCCGUCGCACGUGGAUGUCCGCACUCAAGCCAUGUAUCAGAUGAUGGACCAGGGUUUCGUAGGGCUUAUUUUCUCCUGUUUCAUUGAGGACAAAAACACAAAGACAGGCAGGAUUCUCUACACCUGUUUCCAGUCCAUUCAAGCCCAGAAGAGCUCAGAAUAUGAAAGGAUUGAAAUUCCUAUUCAUGUUGUCCCCCAUGAAACCAUUGGGAAAGUGUGCCUGGAAUCAGCUGUGGAGCUGCCCAAGAUCCUGUGCCAGGAGGAGCAAGAUGCCUACAGGAGGAUUCACAGCCUCACCCACCUGGACUCCGUAACCAAGAUCCAUAACGGCUCAGUGUUCACCAAGAACCUCUGCAGCCAGAUGUCUGCCAUCAGCGGGCCGCUGCUGCAGUGGCUGGAGGACAGGCUGGAGCAGAACAAGCAGCGGGUGCAGGAGCUGCAGCAGGAGAAGGAGCAGCUCUUGGAGGAACUAGCUGCUCUGGAGUGAACAAGGAAAUGGACCUUGCAGAAAAGAGACAUGAAUAAAACUGCACAAGUCCUA